AUGGCUGAGAUGUGGCGUAUGAUAGAAGAGUUGUCGAGAGCGAUGCAAGCUUUCCAAAGACAGGAACACGUAGAUGCUUGUAUGGAGAUUCCGGAACACAACCACGAACCUUUAGACAUACCAGAAGGUGGUCGUAAGGAUGAUUUUGUAGAAGAGCAGCUUAUAGUCGUUGCCCUACAUCACCUUGAAACAGAAUUUCGCCCAUACUCAAUUCUUGUAGUUCUAUAG